AUUUUCUAUAGGGCCAUAUAUCACCGUUGCACUCGUGUCUCACCCAAAAGAGCCACAUUUUAAAAGCUGUGUAAAAUUAAUAUAAGAUCUUUAUUUUUUUUUUACUCUCCAUCCUAUUGCAUCUCAUGUUUUUCAAAUGAAAAAUUUACCUUGUAUGUGUUACAGAGAGAAUAGAGGAAGUGUGUGGAUCUAAAUGCAGAUCUUUAUUCAUGAGCAUGGUCAGGAACAGGCAUGGGACAAAUAACAACAAACAGACAUGAAUGAGGCAAGCCAGUAAUCCUAGGAUAGGCGUGGGUCAUCCAUGAACAACUUUUGAUACAAGGGGUAAUCUGUAAACACAAGCAAUAGUCCAGGCUGGAGCAAACAGUAGUGAUGUUAAAUUCAACAUCAAAGCUUUGAAGCUAGUAUUAAAAAAACACAUUUCACAUUAAAUCACUGUAUAGGAGCUUGAAUCAUUUUGAGAAAGCAUGUGAUCUAUGACAUUCGAAGCUUCAUUUGCCUGAAAACCACCUGACAGCUUCAGUAUCAGGUUCAAACAAAGUGAACUUCUGCGCCAUUUCAUUUUACAUUAUAUAACAUUAUUGUCAGACUCUAUUCCAUGUUUUGCGUGUGUUCCUGCUCUCUGAUUGUGUUCAUUUCAUCCCAGAUUUUUCCCAUAUUUCAUUUCCUUUGUCCCAUGUGUGUCUCGAUAGCUCCUUAUCAUCCCGUGUUUAAAAACCUGAGUCCUGUCAGUUAGCGUUGUCCAGUAUUGUUUGUGUCUACUAAUGUCUGCUAUUCUCAAUGCUCAUAAUCUUAUUAAUAAUCUAAUUAUGAGCAUUGAGAAUAGCUGGAUGGCUGAAACGUCUGCUUUUGCUCUAAAUAAAUGUUUGAUUGUUUUUGUUAAAGACUUUGUCUAGUUUUUCAGAGUGCAAACCAUCUACAGUCUCUUCUACAAAAUAAAAGAGGACAACGUAUAUCUGAACCAAAACCAAUAUGACAAAUACAAGCCUUUAGUUAUUUUGCAUAAAAUUCUUAAAGGAACCAUCAUUUUUCUCAGAGAGAGAGUGCAGAUCCUUGGAAAUAGUCCAUUUAAGUGUGUAGCUUUGCUUCUUUUCAAUAUGGUUGCCUCAGUACCUCAGUAUUUAUUUUUGUCUAUAGAUUGUAAAAAUCAACUGUAUCUGCACAAAUGGUGUGGGAAAUAUGAUGGAUGAUGAUGCAGAAAUUGCUGUUGUUGGGAUCGGAUGCAAUUUUCCUGGAGGCGAGGGUCUUGAAAACUUCUGGAGAGUCCUCCUUCAUGGAGAAAACUGUGCAGUUCAGAUACCAAAUGACAGGUUUAAUCUCUCUCAGUGGUAUGAUCCAAAUGAGAGUAAAGCAGGAAAGACAUACACAGCAAAGGCAGCACUUAUUAAUGGAUUGAAUGAGUUUGACAACAAGUUCUUCGGCAUCACUGAUGCUGAAUCGAACAAUAUGGACCCUCAGCACAAACUGUUGCUGCAGUGCACCUACAGGGCUCUUGAGGAUGCUGGAAUACCAAUGGAGAAGGCCAGUGGAACGAGAACAGGAGUAUUUUUGGGCCUAAUGAACAGGGACUUUGAGCUGGCUAGUAUAAGGACCAAUCCAAAACACAUUGACCACACCGUAGCCACUGGUGUCGCUAUGAGCAUAGCUGCCAACCGCAUCUCUUACGUAUUCAACUUCACUGGCCCCUCAUUGUCCAUUGACUGUGCCUGCUCCUCAUCUCUUGUUGCCCUGCACUUCGCUUGUCAAGCCAUAAAACAAGGAGACUGUGAAAUGGCCGUGUGUGGGGGUGUAAGCUGUAUUUUGGAACCAGUUAUAUUUGUGUCACUCUCCAAGGCAAAAAUGAUCUCCUCUGAUGGCACCAGUAAACCUUUCAGCAGCAAAGCAGAUGGAUAUGGGAGAGGUGAAGGCUGUGGGAUUAUUCUUCUAAAGCCUUUGAAAAAAGCACUCAAGGACCAUGAUCACAUUUGGGGCAUCAUUUGCAAAACUGCUGUAAAUCAGGAUGGCCACAGUGUUAGUCCAAUAACCAAACCAUCCAUGGUACAACAGGAGGAGCUGCUUAAAAAAAUCUACUCAACAGAGACUGAUCUGACUAAUGUCCAGUACAUAGAAGCUCAUGGGACUGGGACUCCAGUUGGAGAUCCAGUAGAGGCAGGUAGCAUCUCAAAAGUCAUUGCCAAAGCAAGACCUAAAAAGUCAGGGCCACUCAUCAUUGGUUCUGUUAAGAGCAAUAUUGGACACACAGAAUCUGCCGCAGGUGUUGCAGGACUCAUAAAGGUUCUCUUGAUGAUGGAGCACGAAACUAUUGUGCCAUCAUUGUUCUACUCUAUGGAAAACUCCAGCAUAGACAUUGAAUCUCUCAACAUAAAAGUCCCUACCACAGCAGAAAAAUGGAUGAGAGAAGGCGGGAGGUUUGCAGGAAUCAAUAACUUUGGUUUUGGUGGAACCAAUGCACAUGCAGUUGUCAGACAAUAUGUGCAGUCAAAAAAGCCAAAAGCUCAGCUGAUCAGCAAAUCCCAUCAGUAUUUUGUCGUCUCUGCAGCCUCUGAAAAAUCUAUAAAAAAUAUCAUUAAAGAUACAGCAGAACAAAUCAGAGCAGGUAAAAUAUCAAAUCUGCAGGCUUUAUUGUACACAUCUGCAUGUAGAAGAAGUCAUUUGAAAAACAAAUACAGGAAAAUGUUUCAAACAGCAUCAUUAACAGAACUGCAAGAGAAACUUAAUGCUUCUGUACAGAAAAAGCUUGUACCAUCAAAGACAGACUCCAAGCUAGUUUUUGUGUUUUGUGGCAACGGUGUUACAUAUCAUGGUAUGUGCAAGCAGCUCCUAAAACAAGAGCCAGUUUUCAGAGAGGAAAUCAUUAAGAUUGAAAGUCUUUUGAAAAGCUAUAGAAGUCUGAAUCUGAUAGAGAUGCUGGAAAGUGAAUCUGAGAAAAGUACAGAUCCAUCUGAUCCAAAGAUUGUCCAGCCUCUUCUGUUUGCUGUUCAGGUUGCUAUUGUCAAACUUCUGAAACAUUGGGGCAUCAGUCCUGAUACUGUUUUGGGGCACUCUAUUGGAGAAGUUGCUGCAGCUCAUUGUUCUGGUUUGUUGUCACUUGAAGACUCGGUGAAAAUCAUCCACUAUCGCAGUUCUUUGCAAAGCACUGUGACAGGAGGGAAAAUGCUCAUAGUCAGUAAUAUGGCUGUUUCUGAAGUCUUGAAAAUUCUUCCUUCUUAUUCAGGAAGGGUUUGCCUGGCUGCUUAUAACAGCCCUCAGUCGUGUACCCUCUCAGGAGAUGCAGAUGACAUCGACAGGUUGCAUCAGAAUUUGAGCAUCUCAGCCAGAGGAACUGAAUUGUUCCUUCGCAUUUUGGAUGUACCUGCUGCAUAUCACAGUCACAAGAUGGAUCCCAUUGAGUCCAAAGUAAAAGAAAGUAUAGGCUCAUUGCAGGCACAUAACUUGGAGACAGAACUGUUUUCCACAGUGACAGGUGUAAGUUUGUGUUCCUCAGAUUUUAUUACUGGUGAAUAUUGGGCAAGGAAUAUCAGAGAGCCAGUUGAAUUUGAACAAGCUGUGAAGUCUGCAGCUAAAAACAAAAAGAAUGUGAUAUUUGUUGAAAUUGGUCCAAGAAGAUCUUUGCAGAGGUACAUCAAUGAGACUCUCGGAAAUGAUUUCACUGUGAUUCCCUCAGUGCAACCUGAUAAAGAUCACGAGACAAUGCUUGCUGUUGUUUCAAAAUUGUUUGAGUUUGGGAUCACAGUGGACUGGGAAAUGUUAUACAAAGGUUUUGAGACUGAACCAAUUCCCUACCCACGAUACCAGUUUGAUGAUGUGAAGAGUGAUGUCUUCGCUUCACGCUUGCAGUCCAAUGGUCCUACUAGCAACCAUCCAGUAGUUACACAAAUUGGCACAGGCAGUUCAAUGUUCAGCUGUGAUUUAUCCUCUGAAUCAGUGGCCUUCCUGCAGGACCACAAGCACAAUGGAGUUGCCAUCAUUCCUGGCGCAUUCUAUGCAGAGCUGGGUUUAGCAGCUUACAUGGUAUAUGCGAAACCUAAGGUUCCAAUAAGUUCCCUGCAGCUCAGCGUAACAUUCCAGAGUCCAUUCGUUUUAACCCAGAAGGCCCCAGAAAUAAAUAUACAGUUGGAUCAUACAGAUCAUUUGGAUGAUAACAAAUGUAGCUUCAAAAUACAGUCUACUUCUGCAGUAUAUGCAUUUGGCACAGUAGAAACAAAACCAGGUAGAAUGCCUGAAGAACAGUUAAUUUCAUUAGAUUGUAUUUACAAAAGGUGCACAUUCCAUGUGACUACUGAAGAACUCUACAAACAUCUAAGUCAAACAGGAUUUGAAUAUGGGUCUGUCUUCAGAAAUAAGGCAGAUAUUUUUUGUGGAGAAGAAUUUAGAGAGGUUAUAUCUGUUGUGAAGGUCCCAAAGGAAUUACUGCCUCAAUUACAUGACUAUCACGUUCACCCUGUGGUCUUGGAUUACGUCAUGCAAAUUGUACCUAUAACUAUAGGGCAUGAUAUAUCAUCAAGACCUCAAUUUCCUGCACAAAUUGGAAGCCUGACUGUAUUUGAACCAUUGCAAGAGGAGAUGGUUGUAUAUCUGAGAGCAGUACAUGUGGGAGAAGAUGAUUUUGACAUUUGUGGCUGCUUAGCCAACAAACAGGGUAGGGUGUUGGUUGAACUCAGCUAUGUGAAGAUCAAAAUGCUAGGAAGUCGUUCCCAAGUAGUCAAAGAGUACUUCUUCCAUAACAAUCUCAGUAUCAUCUCUGAAGUUGCUCAAUUUGAUACACAUAUUAAGGCACUGGUAUUUUCGGACCAGUUAGGAAUUUCUGAAGCUUUGCAACAGUACUUGGAUCCAAAAUCUAGAUACGUGUCCCCUUCAAAAGCUAACAUACUGUUAGAAGAUGGAGUUGAACUCCUUCUGUCAAAACUGAAAAUUUCAAGUGUAAAGAAAAAUUUCCAGGAAAUUUUGUUCAUUUGGAGUGAUGCAGAUUUAACCUCUCUCGAAUCAGAGAAGGUCUUGGACGGCAUGGCAGGGUGUUGUGAGGUUUUCCGAAAAAUUGUCGGCUAUCUCAAGACACUUCAUUUUCCAGGUGAUAUCAGAGUAAUAACCUAUAGGUGCUCUGAGACCUUAGUGGACUCCAUCAACCCUGGAUUUGUUCUAUCAGGCAUGACAAGAGCAUGUGCAGCUGAGUUGCCAGAGCUUUCCUUCCAGCUGAUUGACAUGGGCUCUGCCUCUUUUGAGGACAUCAGAGCUUUGAUUCAAGUCCUUAGGUCUUACCCCUGUCACAAAUAUCCAGAGCUAGUUGUGAAGGAAGGCAUAAUUCUCAAACCUGAAAUCACCCACACACCAUUGCCAACCUUGGCAGUCUCUUCAACAAAUGUCCACAUGUUGCAUGAUCAAGUCUUUAUGUUGCAAACAUCUGACCCAUAUAUAAUGACAAAUCUGUCAGCAACACAAGUUGAUAAUUUAAUUGAACUUAAACAAGGAAAAAACAUUGAGCUACACCUCAGAAAAAUCUGCAUUCAUUCAUCAGACUACUUUCCAGUCAGCAUUUCUGAUCUGAAUUAUGGUCAGACAUUGUACUGGAACAAGCACACAAAUGAAAACCAUAAGCUCUUAGCCCUCGACUUCAGUGGCACUGUCACAGCAGUGGGCAAAGAUGUCAGUAAAUUUAAAGUUGGUGAUCACGUUGUGUGUUGUUACCCUGUGGCUGCCACCACUAAAGUAGUUCUCCCAGCAGCUGUUUGCUGUAAAGCUAAAAGGCUUUCAUUCCUGAAUGAAAUUCCUUGUGUCUCUUAUAUGGUCUUAGCUUGGGAGAUCUUGCAUAAGGCUUUACCCAGAGCUAAACAGCCAAGGAAACUGGGUAUUUUCUCCACUGUCCCUGACUCAGCUUUGAUGACUGUUUUAAUUGCUAUUGCAAACAGAUUAGGUUGGACUGUCAGAGUGAGCACACAGGCUGAUCAGAUGUUUUGUGAUUUUAGUGAGGUUGUGGGAGCUGUCUUUCUUCCUCCUUAUAAUGUAAAAACUGCUCAAAUAGCUAGCAGCGUUAAAGGCAUCAAAGACAUUGUGUUUGUCUGUGACAACCAGACAGAUUUUCCAUUUAAUUCAACAACAUUUAGAGGUACAAAUGAGGAAGUCUACUGCCAUGUACUCUACAUGUCCCAAAUAAUGCAGAAAUCUUCUCUGCAAACCCAAAUGCCACAAAUUUACCGUUGGCUGAUAUCUAUGGAUUUGGGCAGGAAGUCGUUGUCUUUGGAUGCAACAGCUGUUCAAAGAGUAAAAUCUCAAGAUGUUGAUCUUUUGUCUGUAAAAGAAUCUGAAUCAUACUUCAGAUGCCAGAUCGUACCCAUAAUAGUCCUGAACAGUGCUGCCAAACACCAGCUGUCUGACAUUCCAGUGAUGCCUAAGCACGGUUUAUUCCAGAAAGAUUCAGUAUAUAUUGUCACAGGUGGUCUAACGGGAUUGGGCUUUGAGACAGUAAAGUUCAUUGCUCAGAAAGGAGGAGGAAAAAUUGUUAUCCUGUCUAGAAGUAAUCCAAACUCUGCGAUGCAACAAGAGAUAAGUCAAGUCAGUAGCCAAUGGGAUUCAGUCAUUAAAUCUCUGCCAUGUGAUGUUUCAAUAUCUGAGCAGGUGAACCAGAUGAUGGUUAAUAUUGGAAAACUAUUUCCAUCCAGUCCCAUUAAAGGGGUAUUCCACAGUGCGGUUGUCCUGCACGAUGGGCUGAUUGAACGUCUUGACAGAUCUCUUUAUGAGAAAGUCAUGAGGCCAAAGGUGAAUGGAGUUAUUAACCUUCAUCGUUCAACCUUGCAAUGCAAUCUGGAUUACUUUGUUUGUUAUUCUUCCAUCUCUGCCUUCAUUGGCAAUCCCUCACAAACAAAUUACGCUGCGGCUAAUACUUUCAUGGAUACUUUCUGUCAGUACCGCAGAAACAUUGGGCUUUCUGGACAGUCCAUUAAUUGGGGGGCUUUGAAUCUCGGCCUUCUUCUGAACAAAGUCCAUUUCCAAAGAUUUCUGGAGGCAAAGGGAAUCAUGCUUUUGGAGAUUCCAGAAAUCCAUGAAAGUCUUGAGCAGUGCCUUUUGAUCAACAAGCCUCAACAGGUUGUAUGCAGGUUUGAUUUUAAUAAAAGCUGGAAUAACAUCCUAAGUCAGAACAAAUCACUGAGUGUACGCUUGUACAAAAUAGCACAGGAAGCCAUCAUUAAAACUGGAGUGAUCACGUCUAGACCUGAGCAACCCAUGACAUCCUCCUCACCACGUGAUUAUCUGCAGCUCAUGAUUAGCGAAACAGCUGGUGUUGAGAUGGAUGAGUUGAAUGAUGAUGUUAAACUUUUCGAUUUGGGGAUUGACUCAAUGUUAGCCAUGACUCUGCAGAAUGUUCUCUUUGCUGAUAGAGGUGUGAAUGUCCCUCUAGUGACUCUGCUGGAUCCGAAUAGCACAUUGUUAACGAUCAUCAAAAUCCUGGAGCAAAAUUGUGUAGAAGAAUAUCAGAAUGACGAUGAGAGCAAUUCCACAUACUUAUAAAGUUGAUUUGUAUUUCUCCACAGAAGUCCUGCAUCCUCUGUAUUAACAGGACAUAUAAUUAUGAUCAGUUAGAUUUUGCAGAAUAUUCUGACUGUAGACUUAAUUUUUUUAUCAUGAUUUUACACUGUAAAAUGUGAUAGCUUGGAAUUGUUACCAUAGGGAGAUUUUUUUAAAGUCUGAUUUAAACCCAUAUUUGUGAAAAUUUGACCACAAAACCAGUCAUCAUUUUUUUUUAAAUUGAAUUGUAUACAUUAUCCAAAAAGUUGAAUAAAUAAGCUUUCUAUUGAUUUAUGGUUUGUUAGGAUGGGACAAUAUUUAGCCAAUAUACAACUAUUGAAAACCUGGAAUCUGAGAAAAAAAGCUGUCCAAAUAAAGUUCUUAGCAAAGGAAAUUACAAAUCAAAAAUUACAUUUUUGAUAUAUUUACAGUAGAAAAUGUAUUAAAUAUCUUCAUGGAAUAUGAUCUUUAAUUAAUAUCCUAAUGAUUUUUGGCAUUAAAGAAAAAUCAAUAAUUUUGAUUCAUACAAUGUAUCUUUGGCAAUUGCUUCAAAUAUACCCAUGCUCCUUAUGACUGGUUUUGUGGUCCAGGGACACAUUUAUUGGUGCGACAUUUUUAGGGGGGUUGAUUUAGUGAUGUUAAAUUAUAACUUUGACUUGAAUUUAUAUUUAAAAAAAUUUUCAGUGCAGUUUGUUUUGUUCAUUAUAUCAGACUACGUAGGUAUAAACUACAAACACAUAUUCAGCAUUUCUUUUCAUUUUCAUUUUCAAGUUUCCUGUAUCUAUUUUCAUGUACUUGCAACAAAGUCUGAACAAGUGGCACCUGCUGACAUGCAUAUUGUUUUUUUAAUUGGGAUUUUGAGAAUUUUUUUUCUCACUAAAGUUAUCAUGCAAAAGAUAACAACAUACAAAAUUAAGAUUAUAUUACCUUAAGUAAUACCUAAAGUAAUUUUAAUUAAUUAAAGUAUCUAAUAGAAUCAGUAUGUGUUGUAGUAUUUCCAAAAUACAUUAUUGUUUAUAUUCAGAAUUUUAUUUUAAAUAUUAUAUUCAAUGAUUAAA